AUGACAUCGGCACAAGGAGAACUGACAAACAGUAAGAAGGCCAGAGCAAAACCAAAACCACAACCCAGGCACGCGCCACCUACACAUUUUCUAUGCUUUCCACUCGUGACGGACGAAUCGGUCCGCCAAUUGACCGAGUCGUUGGCUUACUUCAGAUCCGUCACUACGCCACUCCCGGAACAGGAUCCAGAUGCGACUCCCGAACGGGAGGAUCAGGAUCAGCAAGAAAGUACUACCAAAGAUGGUGAGCGUCAAAAGCUGAGACUCCUGCCUGAAUCGGCACAUCGGCCACCCGGAACGUACCAUUUGACGCUGGGGACAAUGAACUUGUCGAAGCAGGAGGAUAUGGACAAGGCGGUUGCGCUGCUGCAGCAGAUCGAUUACCUUGCCUUGCUGAAAGAUGCUGGGAGUGUGGAUGGUAUCGUGAGGCAGGCGAGAGGGAGGGCGAGAGCCAACAACGCAGAAACGCAAGUAGAGACAAAAUCUAUGCUCGAGGAACGGCAUGAUGGCGGAGAGGGAGACGGACCACCGCGACGACAGAGCGGAGAAGCUACCAUCUUGUCGAACCCAGGAUCAUCGGAGUCAGCCAACACCUUAUCACACCCAGAAUCAUCGGAGGAAUCUCAAGACAAUCUCCUCGCAAGCACCGAACCAACCAAAGGUGGUCCCCCUUCCUCCUCCUCCUCCUCCUCCCAGCUUCACGCUCUUAAAUCUCUAACUCGACCAAUCUCUCCACCACCCCUAACAACGUCAUCUACCUCCAUUACCACGUCACCUUCGCCUGCUGUCCCUCCGCUCUCCAUUUCCCUUCAUUCGCUCGGCGUGUUCCCCAAACCGACCGGCGCACGAGUCUUCUUCGCGCAUCCGCACGACCCAAGCCAUCGCCUGCAGACGUUCGGGCAAUCAAUCCGGCGACGCUUCCGAGACGCCGGCCUCAUCACCGAAACGAGACCGUUAGUCCUGCACGCCACGGUCGCGAAUUUGAUCUACGCCCGGGGGAAAGAUCGACGCGGCGGCCGCGGCGGCGGCAAAGGGAAGUCUUCCGCAAAUGCAAGACCACGCGCACGGGACGGCACCGUCGACGCCACGGAGGUGUUGCGGUUUUUCAACGGUGAUGACAAUCGCGGAAGAUCCGCUCGGCAAGGCGAAUAUAUGGGUGCCUUGUCCGAGAGUAUGGCGCUGGACAUGUCGGCGCAGAAAACGAUUCAGAAGCCUCAACGGCCAGAAGCAGAUUCACACGCGACUCUACACGUCCAGAGCGAUCACGAGCGCGAUCACCAUCAUAAUCACUCGUCACCGUACGUCUGGGCGAGAGACAUCCCCAUCACUUGCGUCCGGAUAUGUAAGAUGGGGGCUGAGUCGUCGGUACUCCCGGGCUGGGGACUCGAGUAUAGAGCUGUGGCGGAGAGGGUAUUCAUGCCAGAUGCGGUGCGGGAGCGUGAGCCGCGUGUCGGGAACUAG